UGAACCGGGAGAAGAAUGUGCAGAGGCUCUUUGUUCUCAUCUGGAUUCCGGCGCCUCCUACGUGCGCGCUCCCGGCGCUCAGCUGGAAAACAGCUGGACGCGCGCCGAAGCGGGCGCAGAGCCAGGAGGCGUCGGCGAGUGGAAGUCUGGACUCGUCUGCAGGAGACGGACUCGUCAGACUCGUCAGACUCAGACAUACCGACGUGGAGUCCGGGAGCAGCGCAGAGGAUGAAGCAAACCACUUUCCUGCUGGUGUUCGGAGUCGCCCUGAGCUUCUGUCAGGCUCAGGUGGACACCGGGGCCGAGGAGACCGGCGGGGAGGAGGAACAUGUGGAGCUCUUCACCACACCCACCACUAAGUUGGGCGCCGCCACGUCCGACUUUGGCUACAACCUGUUCCGAGCUCUGACGAGCCGCGAAGCCGCGACCAACGUCUUCCUGGCCCCCAUCAGCGUGUCGGCGGCGCUGACGCAGCUGUCCAUGGGAGGGAGUGAGCGCGCUGAGCGGCAGCUGUUCAGGGCUCUGAGGUACCACACCCUGCAGGACCCUCAGCUGCACACCACCCUGAAAGACCUGCUGGCCUCCGUCAGGACGCCAGGGAAAGGCCUGAGCAUCGCCGCACGCCUCUACCUGGCACGACGUCUUCGUCUGAAGCAGGACUUCUUCGGGCUCGUGGAGCAGCAGUACGGCGUUCGUCCCAAGGCGCUGCCGGGAGGAUCCAAGGACGUGAAAGAAAUCAACGACUGGGUGGCUCAGGAGACGGGCGGGAAGGUGCAGCGCUUCCUGGCUAAAGCCCUCCCCCGAAGCCCUUUCGUAAACACUGUGAGCGCCGCCUACUUUAAAGGGAAGUGGGUGACUCGCUUCAGUAACAGUGGCGUGAUGGAGAACUUCCAGGUGGACGGCGGGGCACCUGUCCGCAUUCCCAUGAUGCAGCAGGAUAACUACCCCGUGAAGAUGGGAGUCGACUCGGACCUGAGCUGCACGAUUGCUCAGAUCCAGAUGCAGGACGACGUCAGCAUGUUUAUCUUCCUGCCGGAUGAGGUGACGUCCAACUUGACCCUGCUGGAGGAGAGUCUGACGGCCGAGUUCAUGCAGGACCUCUCCCUGACGCUCCACCCUGCCCAGGUGUCCCUGACUCUGCCCACCCUCAGACUCAGCUACUCCGUAGACCUGCUGCCACUGCUCACUGACCUGGGUCUCUCUGAAUGGCUGGACAACCCGGAGCUGGAGAAGAUCUCAACUCAAUCCGUCAAGCUCAGCAGCGCCAAUCACAAGGUCGUCAUGGAGACGGCACCUGAAGGCAACCAGUACCCCAGUGCCGCCUCGACACCCGGCCACCUGUCGUACCGGGUGGACCGGCCCUUCCUCUACCUGAUCCGGGACGAGGCGUCAGGGGCGCUCCUCUUCAUCGGCAGGGUGGUCAACCCCAAGGACCUGAGGAUAUAACACAUAAACACACGCUUGUGUAAUGCCUACCCCAACUUCUUACCCUGACCUCAUACAUCACAGCUAACUCCCUGCCUACCCCAGCUCCUUACCUUAACCUCAUGCCUCACAGCUAACUCCCUGCCUACCCCAGCAUCUUGCCCUAACCUCAUGCACCACAGCUAACUCCCUGCCUACCCCAGCUCCUUACCUUAACCUCAUGCCUCACAGCUAACUCCCUGCCUACCCCAGCUCCUUACCCUAACCUCAUGCAUCACAGCUAACUCCCUGCCUACCCCAGCAUCUUGCCCUAACCUCAUGCACCACAGCUAACUCCCUGCCUACCCCUCACCCUUAAUUCCCCUUUAACCCACACCUAUCCUAAACCUGAUUCCAACCUGAACCCUAAAACCAAGUAUUAACCCUCAAACAGCCUUUGAAGUUGUGAGGACCCCAAAAAAUGUCCCCACUCCUAAGAUCUAAAACUCUCUUUAUGGUCCUCACAAAGACAUACAAUACACAGUACACACACACACACACACACACACACACACACACACACACACAAACACACACACACACACACACACACACACACACACACACACACACACACACACACACACAAACACACACACACACACACACACACACACACACACACACACACUCUUAGCAGGUCCUAGGAGGGAUCGCAGGUAUUUGCCCUGCGUUUGUGGCGGCAGAUGUCUGAGGUUAAUUGAUUUGAUUUUACAUGACUUUUACUUUUCAUGUUGAAACUUGUUUGCGUGAUCAUGUUAAUCUGACAGGACGCUCAAACACACUGACGAUACCAAAGGACAAUUUUUUUCGUUUGUUUAAUCAAAUAUUGUCAUUUUGUGUUAAAGGAAAUAAAUACGACAAUAAAACCAUUGUCUCUUGUUGUGCGGCAUAA